AUGCUGAUAAAUUCGAAUUGUCGCUUCUUACACGGUCCGCAAAAGAGAGUAUUGGGCGCCUUUGACCCCUUUCUUGGGGAAUUUGUCAAGCCCGUGUGGGCGUUGGUCGCUGACCUGGCCGCCGUCCUCCCCUCCAUCUGGGUCCGCGGCUUCUCCCGCCUCACCGGCAUUGCCAUCUCCGGCGUCUCGUCCAGUCUUCUGUGGACAGCUGUCGUCGUGGGCGCGCUCCUAUUGGACCCCGACUCGGCGCAAGUAACCGGGACCGGCGCGCAUCAGCACACGUUCGUAAAAGCCGCGUCGUUACCAACCGGGGCGGGGAUCAUGAUCGUGUCGCUGUCGGGACACGCGGGCCUGCCGUCGUUGCGGAGGAGCAUGCGCCGGCCGGAGCACUUUGAGCGGUGCCUGCACAUCGCGUUUGGCGCCAUAUUUCUCGUGUAA